UCCUGAGAGGUGGGCGGACAAUAGAAGUAGAUGGAGGCAAAAUAUCAGUCAAAUUUUCUCUGCUACCACCACCACGGCACCGCACCACCGGCGGCUGUAGACUGUAGCACGAGAGAGAAAUCUGUAGCCCAGCAGCUCGUCAGGCAUGGCAGCCUCCGUGGCGCUGACUCCGGCCUAUCCAGCGUUCCUCCCUGUCCCCUUCCGCGUCCGCCGCGACGGCCGGGUGCGCCUCUCGCCCCGCCGCCCCCGCUACUCCGCGGGGCGCUGCAGAGCCAUGGCCCAGACCUUCCAGGGGGGCGCCGCUGCCAGCUACGCCCGCGAGAUGGAGCGCCUCUCCGCCAAGGAGUCCCUGCUCCUCGCCUUUAAAGAUGCUGGGGGUUUCGAGGCCUUAGUCAGCGGGAAGACCACUGAGAUGCAGAGGAUCGAUGUCAAUGAGCGAAUUGUUGGACUUGAGCGCUUGAAUCCGACACCACGCCCCACAACAUCGCCGUUUCUGGAGGGUCGAUGGAAUUUUGAAUGGUUUGGUGAUAGCAGUCCUGGAGCAUUUGCGGCCCGCCUUUUGUUUGAGAGGUCGCCUACAUCGGUUGCACACUUUAUGGGACUUGAUGUGUUGAUCAAGGAUGGAUACUCCAAGCUCUCAUCUAACCUCAAGUUUCUAAACACGAUACAAAGCAAAUUCCUACUGACUACUCAAUUGUCCGUUGAGGGCCCCAUCAGGAUGAAAGAGGAAUACGUUGAGGGCCUUAUAGCGAUUCCCAGAAUCAAUGAAGAAUCAUUGCCUGAACAGUUGAAGGGCUUGCUUGGCCAAACUGCAGGAGCUCUACAACAACUUCCUAGCCCUAUAAGGGAAGCUGUUUCGGAGGGGCUUAAAUUGCCACUCGGUGGGGCAUUUCAACGAUUAUUCAUGAUCUCUUACUUGGAUGAAGAAAUAUUGCCGACGACCUCGCCGGGUUACAAACAACCACGCACCAAAGACAACAAACCACACACAACAUUCAGCAGCAGCAUUCAACCAUGCAGGGUAUGGAGCCUCCAAAAGCCCAAACCAGCUUCAGCGUUUUUCGCGUUAUUAUUUACAUAAUGUGACGAUCAACUGGUGCCCAGCCAAAAGAGCGAUUGAAGACUUGAUCAUCAAUUCUUCGGAUUAGCCUGCUUCUCGUCCUCCAGCAUCCUUCUUGGCAUCUCUUUCUGGAGCAGCGCCCACGAGUUCAACGAAAAACAACAUUGAAUGAAGAUAUUAGCGACAUUGAU